GUAAGGGGAUGCGUUAUGAGUGCUGUGUUCCAUGCGUGUUCCAAGGGGCUGUUUCUGGAAACACACACACUGGUUUGGCAUUGACUUCAGUUGCAAUGUGGCAGUCCGAUAGAUGCAGGAACAUCUCGCUUACAGCUUUAAGCAAUGCAUGAGGACCAGAGUGUUGCCUGACAUGUUCGAUGAACUGGGAGAAACAGGUGGUUCUGCUAGAUGACGUUUCUCUCACGCCUUGUUUGUUCAAGCAGAUGCAUGAAGUGUCAGAAGGCUUUAAGCCAAAGCAACAACACUCUAAAGAACAAACAGAUGAGCUGUGUUUUCACAUGAUGCCUCCAGCUGCUUACGCGUAGGGUCAUUAUAUGGACGGGAGGAAUACGAUACAAAAAGAGAGACACCGGAGCGGCGAUUCCGUCGCAGGCUAUGGGGGCCAUGGUGACCUAGAUUCAAUGGUUGUUUCCUGGCAGGGAAAAUUCAUUGCCGUCUAAUCCCUGCCUUCUUUUUAUACUACCUCCUUACCAGAGUGAGGCGCCACCCUCUCUCUGUCUCUGCCACCCACUUGGCCAAGACAGCUAUGGCUGGAGUGAGGAAGUUGGCCCGAGUAUUCAGGCAUCAAGGUCUCCACCGCCUGAUCCUUGCACUCAUUCUUUUCUGUCUACUCUCCAUGGCCUACCUGGCUUAUCACGUCAGUGCUGGACCUAAGAUCAAGGAGGCCCCUCUGCCGUUACCUCUGGGGGACUGUGUAGCUACAUCGGUAGUUGGUGGCGGACAAAGGGCUCCACUGUUCCUGCCAUCGCAGAUCAGCCAGCGGCGACACUCGCCGAGGACAGCAGACACCUCUCGGACGGAGCCUGUGGUGUUAGUCUUCGUGGAAAGCAUCUAUUCCCAACUCGGACAAGAGAUUGUUGCCAUUUUAGAGUCAAGUCGCUUUCAUUACCGCACUGAAAUUGCACCGGGGAAGGGCGACAUGCCUUCUCUGGCUUGGCGAGGUCGUGGCCGAUACACACUCAUCAUCUAUGAGAAUCUGCUCAAGUAUGUCAACUUGGACUCAUGGAACCGCCAGUUACUGGAUAAAUACUGCCAAGACUAUGGAGUGGGAAUCGUUGGCUUCUACCGGGCGAAUGAAAACUCACCAUCCAGCGCUCAGCUCAGAGGCUUCCCUCUGUUCUUGCGUUCAAACCUGCCACUUUGGGAUUACAGAGUCAACCCUGCUGCCCCCCUACUCUACAUCACCAAACCUAAUGAGCUGGAACCUGGCCCUCUACCUGCAGACAACUGGACCACCUUUCUGUCCAACCACAGCACCUAUGAGCCUGUGCUGUUAGCUAGCCCCAGACCAGCAGAACCUAAUCAGCUCCCAACACACUCACACCAACAGAGAGCGCUGCUAGCUACUGUUGUGCAGGACCUAGGUCUUCACGAUGGGAUCCAGCGGGUGUUUUUUGGUGGAAGCUUGUCUUUUUGGCUGCACAAGCUGCUGUUUGUGGAUGCUGUGGGUUAUUUAACUGGCAGGAGGCUCAGCCUCUCAUUGGACAGAUUUUUGCUGGUGGACGUGGAUGACAUCUUUGUUGGGAAAGAGGGGACACGCAUGAAAGUGGCGGAUGUUGAGGCGCUGCUUCACACACAAAAUAAACUUCGUUCUCUUGUACCUAAUUUCACCUUCAAUCUGGGAUUCUCUGGCAAGUUUUUUCAUACAGGUACAGAUGAGGAAGAUGAGGGUGACGACACACUGCUCCGACACCGGCAGGAGUUCUGGUGGUUCCCGCACAUGUGGAGUCACAUGCAGCCUCAUCUCUUCCACAACGUCAGCGUGCUCGCAGAACAGAUGAGACUUAAUAGACAGUUUGCACAGGAGCAUGGUAUCCCCACAGACAUGGGUUACGCUGUAGCCCCCCAUCACUCAGGUGUGUACCCUGUGCACAGUCAGCUUUAUGAGGCCUGGAAGAGCGUAUGGGGCAUCAAGGUGACCAGCACAGAGGAGUAUCCUCAUCUCAGGCCUGCCCGCUACCGCAGGGGAUUCAUACACAACGGCAUACAGGUUCUCCCCCGGCAGACCUGUGGACUUUUCACACACACCAUCUUCUAUAAAGAUUAUCCAGGAGGCCCUCAGGAGCUGGACAAAAGCAUCCGUGGCGGAGAGCUGUUUCUUACAGUGCUGCUCAAUCCGGUUAGUAUAUUCAUGACUCACCUGUCAAACUACGGCAACGACCGGCUGGGCCUGUACACCUUUGAGUCAUUGGUGAGGUUUGUGCAGUGCUGGACUCACCUGCGCCUGCAGACACUGCCUCCCGUCAGACUCGCUCACAAAUACUUCCAGAUUUUCCCGGAUGAGAGAGACCCCUUGUGGCAGAACCCAUGUCAUGACAAGAGACACAAAGACAUCUGGUCCAAAGAGAAGACCUGUGACAGAUUGCCGAAGUUUCUAGUGAUUGGCCCUCAGAAGACCGGAACCACUGCACUGCACUCGUUUCUUGCCCUUCAUCCUGCCAUUACCAGCAGCUUCCCCAGCACCGUCACCUUUGAGGAGGUGCAGUUUUUCAGCGGACCAAACUACCAGCGUGGCAUUGACUGGUAUAUGGAUUUUUUCCCCAUACCCUCGAAUGUGAGCACAGACUUCCUGUUUGAGAAGAGCGCAAACUACUUUGACACUGAAACUGCCCCAAAGAGAGCAGCCGCCCUGUUACCAAGAGCCAAAAUCAUCUCAAUACUGAUCAACCCCGCUGACCGGGCAUAUUCCUGGUACCAGCAUCAAAGGGCUCAUCAGGAUCCUGUGGCGCUAAACUACACGUUUCAUGAGGUGAUCUCUGCUGGGGCGUCCUCCCCCGCAGCUCUGCUGUCUCUGCACCGCCGCUGCCUGCAGCCUGGAGCCUACAGCAGCCAUCUGGAGCGAUGGUUACAUCACUACCAACCCAGUCAGCUGUUGAUCGUGGAUGGUGUGCAGCUGCGUUCCAGUCCUGCUCAGGUGAUGGAUGGGAUUCAGAAGUUCCUUGGAGUCACACCGUACUACAACUACACACAGGCUUUGAUGUUUGACGAGAGUAAAGGUUUCUGGUGUCAGAAACUGGAGGCAGGACGCACUCGCUGUCUGGGAAAGAGCAAAGGAAGGAAAUAUCCAGACAUGAGCCUGGAGUCAAGGGCGUUUCUGUCGGAAUAUUACCGCGAGCAGAACGUGGAGUUACUCAGGUUGUUGAAACGUCUGGGUCAGCCUCUGCCCAUUUGGCUCAGAGACGAACUGCACAACGCCAGCUGGAGCUGACAAGAACCUACAUAAAGAGAACCACGGCAGAACCCAGCUCCACAUAGGAGAACUCAGGGCCCGUGUGCGGCAGGAGCCAAAAGAGGACUGACCCCUCUCGCCCUCCUUACUCCGCACAGACUCUGACAGAGGAGACGGGCGGAUCACGCUGUCAGUCUGAAUGAAGCCCUCAGAGUCAGAGUAGCAGCCCUCAACCUCGUUAUGGGAACUUGUAGUGGACGUUUAUGGAUUCACAGAUAUGGAAAUGGGAGUGACCUGAUUGGACAGCUUUAAAAAGACUGGUUUAAAAUCCGUUGUGAACUUGCUGUUUUGAAAUGCAAAUAUAGUCUUCUAGGAAGAGAGGGGAUUGCACAGAACCUCUAGGAGAUUGGGAACUUUUUGUGGAAAUACCCAUGAAAGGGAGGGACUAUGAGAGGAUUAUUUAAAUUUUAUUCUCAAAAGUCUUUAACUCUGCCAAGCAGAUAAGUAUUUAAAUAUGUGUAUCAUAAAUUUCAGCCAUCUUGCUGCCUUUCAAAAAACAGUUACUUUUAAGUGAUUUCUGUUUGAGGUCAAGAAACAUUGUGCAACCCAAGGAGCUAAAAAGAAGAUUCCAGGAUUAUACAUGUGGCACCUUUUAGCAAAUUUUCUUUUCAUUAUUAAAAGAAACAUUUUUGACUAGCUACACUACCAUUCAAAGGUUUGGGGUUGGUAAGAUUUUUAAAUGUUUAUAAAAGAAGUCUCGUGCUCAUCAAGGCUGCAUUUAUUUGCUCAAGAAAUAGAGUAAAAUAUUGUGAAAUAAUAUUACAAUUUAAAUGUGUUUUCUAUUUUAAUAUAUUUUAAAAUGUAAUUUAUUCUUGUAAUAGCAAGCAGCCAUUACUUCAGUCUUCAGUGUCACAUGAUCCCUCAGAAAUCAUUCUAAUAUGCCGAUUUAGAAAAAAAAAUCUUAUUCUUAUCAAUAUUGAAAACAGUUGUGGAAAUGGUUUACUUGUGGAUUCUUUUGUAAUACUACAAAUGUAUUUAGUGUCACUUUGGAUUGAUAUAAUGCAUCCUCGCUGAAUAAAAAAAAAAAAAUCUUACUGACCCAAACUUUUGAACAGUAGUGUAGGCGAUCGGUGCAGACCCAAAGCGAAACAUUUUUAUCAGUGCCAAACUAACCGAGGACAAAAAAAAAUCUUUUUUUUUUUUUUUUUUAACAGUAUGCUGCGGACUUUUGCCAGUGAGUGAAUGUGAAUUUUGUGUAUGUGUAGCAACAGUUGCGUACCUAAAUGAAUUCACAGGAAUGUGAUCCCAUGUCAUGUCUGGUGUUUAAGUAUACACAUAUUGGGAAAUAAAGGCACAGAAUGGA